GAGCUGAGACAUUACUGAGAAUCAGGGCAUGGAGGACGAGGCAGACCACAGCACCUAGUUUUACUAAUGUAGUUGACAGUCUAUUCAGAGCGGCUACACGAGAGAGAGAGAGAGCAGUCCAGACUGGCAUCUUUCGAUAAUCUUGCAGUGCAUGAAGUCGGCACAUAAGAUCCAGCAGAUGAAAUGGCUGUGAGGCAAAGGAUUUUUAACUCAACAUCACCGUUCUCCGGGUCAUCCCAGUCUGAGCUGAAGGGGUCAUACCCGGCAUGCUCAGCUUCAGACCAGGAGACGGAGGAUGAGGAAGAGGAGGGGAAGGACUUCAAAAUGGACUACAUAGCCUGUUUAAACCCUUUAAUAAAUAAACUCCUGACACGUGGGACUGCAGAGCAAGUGGGAGAAAUGCCAUUGAAGACAUCAACCUUCAUUGCCCAAGCUGAAUGUGAAACCCAGGACUCCCAAGAAUUCAGUCCAUCCGGUUUUGAACGUUCCUUUGUUCCCUCCCCUAACUGCUUCACCAGCAGUCUUUCCUCAGAGCACAACAAUGUGGCGUGCCCGACCACAGCCUCCAUCCAGGAGCCAAACAGUUCAUCAGCACAGUUCUCCCCAAGAAAGAAAACCAGGAAGAGACAGAAGCGCAAGGGGAAGAAAAAACUGGAGAAGAAGAAAGAGAAGCAGCGACUCAGACAUCGAAUGCGCUCUGGUGUUCCUGAGCAGGAGAGUGGAAGUUCUUUGGUCCAGAUCCUGGAGGAGUCGUCUCUUACUUCUUGCUGUAGCAGCAUUGAAAGCACAGAAGAGCAGGACAGAGGGCCGUCUCUCUACAGCAGACCGAUCUACAACACAGUCUCCAGCUGCUCUCCUCUGAACUGGAGGGAUGAGGUCUGCGGCCCCCUCUCCACUUUCCAUUCCUAUGGGCAGGACAGCGACUCAGACUCCCUCAGCAGUCUGGGAGACUGUUCGCUGGCCCUUGCUGGCCUCAGGGGCAGCGUUAGUCAGGGGGACCCGUGCUACGCACACCCCUUUUUCAAAGAGGUGGAGUGUGAUGCAAGAGAAGAGGAAGAUGAGUUCUCAGGAGCUGAUUCUAUCAGCAAUGAGGGAAUAAUCUUUUAUAACGACAAAAUCCAGCCUGUGGACUCUGAAUACAAGGAAGGAAGAGAGUAUGUCCUCUCACAUUUCAUCAAGGAAGGCUCCUAUGGUGAAGUACACAGUGCUAAAGAUGUCAACACAGGCUUCAAAUUUGCUGUCAAAAAGAUCGCCUUGAAGAGGUUCAGCAGUGAGGAGGUGGGUGCGUGGAGUGCCCUCAGAUCUCCUCGUGUGGUGGAACUCUUUGGAGUGGUCAGAGAGGGGCCCAAUGUUUUCCUUUUCAUGGACCAAAAAUCUGGCUCCCUGGGCCAGCUGUUAGUGGACCGCGGACGGCUGCCAGAGGACCUAAGUCUCCACUACCACUUGCAAGUCUCAACUGCUCUGGAGUACUUGGGGAAGAAAAAAGUUGUGCAUCUAGACAUUAAAGCUGACAAUGUGUUGCUGUCGGAGGACGGUAGAGACACUUUCCUAUGUGACUUUGGACAUGCAGAGAGACUCGACAAUCAGGGACUGAGCCUGAGUGGGUCCAAAGAUCUGAAGGGUUCAGAGACCCACAUGGCCCCUGAGAUUGUAAAAGUUGAACCCCGUGGAGCCAAAGCAGAUGUGUGGAGCAGCUGCUGUAUGUUACUUCACAUGCUCAAUGGCUGUCAACCUUGGACAAGAUACUACACCUGUAGACUUUACCUGAAGAUUGCUAACGAGCCUCCGCCUGUGAGAGAGAUCCCACCUGACUGUAGCCCUCUCACAGCUGAAGUUAUCAAGGCGGGACUUCAGAAGGAUCCAGUAAAGAGAGCAUCAGCAUCUGACCUCAAGGAAAAAACUGCCAGAGCUCUGAAAGAAGUGGGAGGACUCACCAGCUCAGUGAAGGGACCCUACACAGAGCCCCUGUAUAUUGCCAACAAACCUCCUGACUCCCUGCAACUUAUCACUAGCAGCUUUGACUAUGAGGAUGAGGGGGAACAUCAAGACUUUGUUGAAAAAGUGAUCACAGCAGGGAGGAAGAUGAAGGAAGUGGACGAUGACAAUGAAGAGGAGGCUUAUUCCAAUGAGUCAAAGCAAGGAUCACCUUUCUGUCCACAAAUGCCGAUCUCUGAGUCAAACCACAAGAGGGUCAACAAGAUGACCACUGUUUCUGAACUUGAGCUACGGAAACUGGAGCGAGAUUUCUACCUAAGCAGUCUGUCCCAGCUUCAUCCCGCUGAGAUGCAGGAGCAGCUAUUGUCUUGUCUCAGCAGCGACCCUUAUUCCAACUGGGAACCAUGGGACAAAAAGGAUUCUGGCCGCUGGUCCCUGAGCUUGGGAGACGACUACAGCUCUGGUGUCUACUCUUACAACAGUCAGCCCGAUGUACAGGUUUUCAGCAUUGAUUUGCUGAGCCACACACAGCUACCGCCACCCUGCUGCUUUGAAGGGGUGGAUGUCUGCAUCAGAGAUUUCAACAGGAGAAGCAUCCGCAUCAGAGAGACGCGGCGUGUGAAGGUGGGCCACAUCGCCACUGGAAUCAGUGAUCAGAUCUCUGAGAGGGUUUUCACCUUGGAAACCCAGCAGGGCCAGCAGGUUGCUCAUGAUGAGGAGGUGCAGGAGUCCGGUUUGGAGCUCUGCUGUGUUCCUGCUCCAGACUUCAGCUCUGCCUGGAGGUGGAGGAUCAGGGAAGGAGUGCUGGAGACGAGAUAGAGACCACAGCUCUCCUUCCAUCGGCCGCAAUGUUAUCUUAACCGCUGUACAUGUGGUCGUCUGUUGAAUUGUCUCAAUGUGAGAGGGUCCAUGUUUUCAUGAAUGGUUUAAAUGAAUCUAAACCAGAACUGCCGUUUUUUUAGCAAACAUGUUUUAAAUGCAAUGAUGUUGCCGUUGUGUAGCUUUCUGUCUGUAAAGUGCUUGUUACUCUGUCAAAGCACUGAGCUUUUUUGGCUGCUCUGUUGCAGCUUUUCUUAUUGCAUAUUUACAUUGAGUCAUUGAACAGUAUUUGAAACUGUGUAAAGUGUGUGACACACCAUUGGUCUCACUAAUGUCCAGUCUGUAAUACUAUAUUGGUUAAUUAGUUCACAAGUCCACACAGUGAGUAUAAACAUUUCUACUGUAUUUUAAUAACUAUAUCUGGGAUUUGCUUUGUCUCUCAAGAACAUUGACAUUUUUCUAGGUUAUAAAUGUAAAAAAUACAAACACAAUUUUAAUCUGUUUACACUGCGAGCUAUAUCUUAAAACCAAAAUUAUGCCCAGCAAAAAAUAAAGUCACUUGGUUGUCAUGUUCA